AUGUCGUCCACAGGUGUUGAACCCAAGGGGCCUCACGGCCCCGACGACGUCCUCGAGACAUCCGUGUUCCCCGUUUCUAGCCCCGACAACAUCGACGAGAAGAAGAGUCAAGAUCUGCCCAAGGACGCUCUCGACUCCAAAGUCCACGACGUGUCUGGACACAGCCAGAGCGACGACAGCGACCAGGACAGCAGAGAUGCCAUCAUCAUCACCGGUGCCGAUGCAUCUCGCCAUCUCCUUCCCAUGAGAGACGACCACGACAGUGCUUUGACGUUCCGAAGCAUUGUCUUGUCAUCUGGACUCGCUUGUUUUCAAGCUGUCAUGUAUCAGAUCUACACUUUCAAACCUACUAUGAUUACCAUCCAAGGAACCUUCAUCGUCCUCAUCUCGUACUUCAUCGGAAACGCCUGGGCUUUCGGUCUCCCUCGUGGCGACAAAUUCGAAGCGCGAUGGAGGGCCAAGGGCAACACAGGAUUGCUACCUUUCUGGCUCAAGGCCAUCAAGUUCAUCAACCCAGGCCCAUGGGGUCUCAAGGAGCACGCUAUCUGCUCCAUCACAGCCACCUCUGCCUCCAAUGCUGCUGAAAGUAUCCAGGUUUUUGCCGCCCAGGACCUCUUCUACGAUAUGCCACUGAGCGCAACUACCGUUAUCCUGAGCACAAUUUCGAUUGGUUUGUUCGGCUAUGGUAUCUGCGGUUUGUUGCGCCCCGUUGCUGUCUGGCACGUUGAUGCAGUAUUCUGGAGCAGUCUGCCAACCGUCAAGACCCUUCAGGGACUUCACUGGCAGGAGGUUAAGGAUUCCAAGCCUCUGCGCGUUUUCUGGUACAGUUUUGGUGGCAUGUCGAUAUAUGAGUUCUUCCCUGCCUAUAUCUUUCCCUGGCUCAACUCAGUCUCCAUCCCUUGUCUGGCUGCCAUGAAGGCAACUGGCAAGAAGGCUGCACACCUCACACGUAUCUUCGGUGGUGCUACUAACAACGAAGGCCUUGGUCUUUUUACCGUCUCUCUUGAUUGGCAAUAUAUCACAUCAUUCAACACCUCCCUUCCUCUUCCCCUACAAGCUCAUAUGGCAGUUGGAUUCCUUGUUUGCUACGUCGUUAUGAUUGGUAUCUACUAUGGCAAUGGCUGGGGUGCCAAGUCGCUCCCCUUCAUGUCCACCCGGCUCUUGCUCGAGAACGGUACCAGAUAUCCUAUUGCUGAGGUUUUCGAGGGUGGAGUACUCAACGAGGAGCGGUUACUGGACUUUGGUCUUCCUAGACUGACUGGCACUUUUGCCUACGCUUUGUUCAUGGCCAACGCUGCUAGCACUCUACUUUACUCCCGCUAUGGAAAUGGAAUUGCCACCAACAAUCUCUCCAAGAUGCUGGCUGGUCUGAUGCUACCUGGCAAGCCUGUUGGUAACAUGUACUUUGCAGCCUGGUCACACAAUGUCAUCGUAAACGCUGUCAAUCUGUCUGCUGACCUCAAGAUGGGCGAAUACCUCAAGAUUCCACCCCGUGUCAUGUUCCUCACUCAAAUCUGGGGAACUAUCCUUGGAGGUUUCAUCAACUACGCCGUUAUGAUCAGCAUUGUUGGCAGCAACCGAGCUCUGCUCAGGGAUGGAGACGGUAACUCUUCUUGGAGUGGCGCUACCAUGCAGUCAUACAACACCAACGCAACGUCGUGGGCUUUGGCUGGUUAUCUGUACAAGCUGGGCGGUACUUAUGAGCUUGUGCCUUUCGGUUUACUCGUCGGCGCCAGUCUGGUUGUCAUCCACCGAAUCUUCUACAAGUUCUACCCCAAGAUCAAGAACUUUGACGUCGCGGAUAUCAACUUCCCUCAGUUCAUCCAGUUUGCUGGUUAUAUCCCCUACAACCAGAGUCAAACCUGUGUCAUCUUGAGCCAGCUGCUUUCGGGCUUCUUCGUUCAAUUUUACCUCCGAAACUACCGCCCACGAUGGUUUAGGGACUACUCAUACUUGGUGACUGGUGCCUUUGACGGUGCCAGUCUCACUGUUCUGUUUAUUCUCUCAUUUGCGGUAUUCGGCGCUGGAGGUCCUGGACACCCAUUCCCUACCUGGUGGGGAAACAAUGCCGAUGGCAACUAUGAUCUUUGCCCAGUUCCUGAGUAG